GAAGUGCGCAUGUGGCCCCGCCCUUUCUCCUCAGCCCGUCCUCGCGCUAACCUGUACUCAAGACAGGAAGUGAAGAGCUUCGUUCCUGUGUAUGAACAGCACGGCUUGGGAAAGUUAACUUGCUUAGGCACAAGUAUGCACGCCAAGGCGGAAAGUCAUAACGUUGAUCGAAAGGAUGAUAAAUAACUAGGGUGACUGGUAACGGGGUUGAGAGGAGUGAAAUUUCGGCGCGCGCGGCUGAGUAGCUCGAGCAGAUAGACAGACAGCGGGCGUCUCGCGCUGCUACUGCAGCUGUGUGUAUGUGAGUGUGCGCGCGCACGCGCGCGACAGAACGCCAGAGCAGUAACUAACGCUAGCCAAGUUGAGUGAUUAAACCUAUGCUAAGUCACAUAACACGGUUUGGGCGACGUUUAAGUAUUAAAUGUUAGCGUUAAAUCUUUGGACGUGACCGAUAUCGAGGAGUUUGAGUUUCCAGUAAGAGAAGUUUUGGCUCAUUUUCGGGGUUUGGCUUUCAAAUUUCCCUCCGUUUUGCUGAGUCGGGGGGAGCCGGAGCUAAUAGGGCGGCGGGCUAGCACACUCAGGCCGCAGGGGCAGCAACCUCACCGGGCAAACUCUACAGUUUUAGUACAGUGACUCUGUUCAACUAGUUCGUACUUUCGUCAAUCUUUCUGGAGCCUUGAAUACUUCAUUUUUUUGGGAUUUGAGUCAAUCAUGGAUCCUCCUAACACUGGAAAUUCAGCAUCUGCGCCCGCCGCCGGUGCUUCUUCCAAAAGCGGCAAAGACAAAAAACCGAAGAAGACCUACGAUGAAGGAGAUGGGAAAAAGAAAUUUACCUUCAAAAGACUCAUUCCCGACGAGCUGGAGCGGUUCACAAGCAUGCGAAUAAAGAAGGAGAAGGAGAAGGAGAAGUCGGGCACGACAAGUCAGAGACACUCCUCUGCUGUGCUGUACGAGAUCCCGUCCCAGGCUGCCAUGCUGCAGGACCACAGUGACGACUACAUCCUGGAGCUCUUCGAGCAGAUGCUGGUGGACAUGAAUCUGAAUGAGGAGAAGCAGGUGCCACUGAGACAGAAGGACAUCGCCAUAAAGAGAGAGAUGGUCUCUCAGUACCUACACACAUCUACAUCUGGCCAGAGCCAGAAAGAGAGCUCCAGGUCUGCUGUGAUGUACAUUCAAGAGCUGAGAACUGAACCCAGAGAUACACAGCUGCUGAGCUGCCUUGAGUCUCUACGUAUCUCCCUUAAUAACAACCCUGUCAGCUGGGUGCAGACGUUUGGAGAGGAGGGUUUGCUUUUGCUGCUCACUUUCCUCAAGAAACUCCAGGAUGAGAAAGAGGAGUAUCCGAACUCUGGUGUUGGAGUAAAGUGCCAACAUGAGAUCAUCCGCUGCCUCAAAGCCUUCAUGAACAACAAGUACGGUUUGAAAGCCAUGUUGGCAUCAGCUGAUGGGAUUCCUCUCCUGGUCCGAGCCAUAAAUCCCAGUGUGCCUCAUAUGAUGGUGGACGCUGUCAAACUGCUGUCGGCCAUCUGCAUUCUCGAACACACUGAAAACCUUCAUGAGCGUGUUCUGGAGUCUAUAACUGUGCUGGCUGAGGAGAGGGACAUUGAGAGAUUCCAGCCCCUCCUUUCUGGCAUGCACAAGUCCAAUAUUGCUCUCAAGGGAGGCUGUAUGCAGCUCAUCAAUGCUCUGAUCAGCAGAGGAGAGGAGCUUGACUUCAGAAUUCAUAUACGCUCUGAGCUCAUGAGACUGGGCCUGAGGGAGCUGCUUGCUGAGGUGAGGAAUAUCGAAAAUGAAGAGCUCCGUGUGCAGCUGCAGGUCUUUGAUGAGCAGGCUGAGGAGGACUCAGAAGACCUGCGUUCCCGUCUCGAAGAUGUGCGCAUUGAGAUGGAUGACGUAUCGGAGGUGUUCCAGGUGCUGCUGAACACUGUGAAGGAUUCAAAAGCUGAAGGCUACUUCCUGUCCCUCAUGCAGCACCUGCUGCUGGUGCGCAAUGACUACUUGAUUAGACCGCAGUACUACAAGUUGAUGGACGAGUGUAUAGCGCAGAUCGUGCUUCACAGGAACGGCUGCGAUCCAGAUUUCAAAUGCAGAAACCUACAACUGGACGUUGAAGCACUCAUUGAUAACAUGGUGGAUAAGACAAAAGUAGAGAUCAGUGAGGCCAAGGCCACAGAGCUGGAGAAAAAGCUGGAUGCAGAGUUGACUGCACGCCAUGAGCUGCAGGUGGAGUUUAAGAAGAUGGAGGGUGAUUAUGAACAGAAAGUCCAAGAGCUCAGUGAUGAAAAAGAAGCUCUUGGAAAUGAGAAAAUGGACAAAGAGAAAGAGAACCAAGGGCUGCGUGGAGAAAUCGGCCAACUCAAAGAACAGAUCGAAAAAAUGUCUAAGGAUCUUCAGGAGGCCAAGGAGAAAAUUGUCACAGUGCCUGUGCCCAUGAAAGCAUCAACUGCCAUUGACCCAUCAGCACCAGCUUCAUUGCCCCACACACCUCCAUCACUACCUCCACCUCUGCCUGGCCAAACAGGCACGUCUCCUCCACCACCACCACCACCACCACCACCACCUCUGCCUGGCCAAACAGGCAUGCCUCUUCCACCACCACCACCUCUGCCUGGCCAAGCAGGCAUGCCUCCUCCACCACCUCCCCCUCCCAUGCCAGGCAUGCCGGGACCCCCACCACCUCCACCUCUACCUGGGCAAGCAGGUAUGAUGCCCCCUCCACCACCUCCAUUACCUGGUGCUCCUGGUAUGCCCCCACCUCCGCCUCCACCUCCAGGAAUUCCAGGAAUGCCACCCCCUCCUCCAAUGCCUGGGAUGCCUCCACCACCGCCGGGAGGGUUUGGAACCUGGGCUGCUCCAGUACCACAACUACCGUUUGGCCUGGAGCCUAAGAAAGAGUACAAACCAGAGGUGCAGCUUAAGCGGGCCAACUGGAGUAAGAUUGCAGCUGAGGAUCUUUCAGAGAGCAGCUUCUGGGUGAAAUCGAAAGAGGACCGCUUUGAGAGUAACGAGCUUUUCUCCAGACUCACUCUGACGUUCUCCUCCCAGACCAAGACCUCAAAAGGUAAGUGGUGUGUGUGUGUGUGUGUGUGUGUGUGUGUGUGUGUGUGUGUGUGUGUGUGUGUGUUCAAGAGGCACUUGCUGCAGUAAGAGUAAUGUUUUUCU